CUGAUGCACCGACUCAAAGGAAUCAACGGCAGAUGAUCAAUGCGACUGCGGCUUGUUCAUGAGUGCUCCGAAGCCUUAAAACCUGUUUCCGCUCCGGCCCAAGUCUUUGCUCCUGAAACGUGCCUGCCGCCGCGAGGCGACCAAUCUGCUCCUCGAGGCUAAAGCUAGACAUGGGACGGAAGUCUGGAGGCUUGUACAUAAAUCCGAAGAAGUUUGGAACUGCCGGGAAGCCUUGCAUGAAGGAGAUGCUAUCAUUCCUUGGCUGCUUGUCUCUGAACAAAAACAACGAUGAUAAAUGUGUACGACAGAAGGAUAUGUUGCUUACUUGUGUGGACGCUCAGAAAAAGAAACCCAAAAAUGCCACGAGCACUAUUAAUUAUCAUCUGCAGCGCCUUAGCAGAGAAAAGUUCGGGUAAUUAGCAAGUUGUAAGGUUGCCAGAUCAUCGGUGUUUAUGUAGUUUUCUUGAACCAUUAUGGAACCAAAAGUUAAUUAAAUGCCUGUUUUGGA